UUUUGCUAAUUGUUAGCAUCCGCAGGCUAACUUUUUCUUUAUUUGGAUUCUCUGUUCAACCUUGCUAAAGUAGCCAGACCUAACCCGGCGCCUCGAAAUAUUUAACGCAAAUGUAAGUUUUUUACUUAUUUAAACCAAACUCGACCAUGAAUGGGAGUACGAAUCCGCUGCUGGAUAAAGAAGAGCAUGUUUUGAAGCUAGGAGAGAGCUUCGAGAAGAGGCCAAAAUCUUCUUUCCACACCAUCAGAUAUGACUUCAAACCAGCAUCUAUCAACACGAGUUGCGAAGGAGAACUACAAGUUGGGAAAGGAGAUGAAGUUACCAUUACACUACCUCACAUUCCAGGCUCCACGCCUCCUAUGACAGUAUUUAAAGGAAACAAACGGCCGUAUCAGAAGGAUUGUGUUCUCAUCAUUAACCAUGACACCGGUGAGUUUGUGCUGGAGAAGCUCAGCAGCAGCAUCCAGGUAAAGAAGACAAGGGCAGAGGGGAGCAGUAAGAUCCAGGCCCGUAUUGAGCAGCAGUCAGUUCGCUCCAGCCAGCCAAGCUCUCAGUUCCGGGCUCCAACCAAGCCUGGAACUGGGAUCAAAACUUCCCCCUCCCAAACGAAGGACAACCCCUCCCCUGAGCCUCAGCUGGAUGACAUCAAGAGAGAGCUGAGAGCCGAGGUGGAGGUCAUAGAGCAGAUGAGCAGCAGCGGCAGCAGCAGCUCCUCUGAUUCAGCCAGCGCUUCGGGGAGCGGCGACGACAGCAGCAGCAGCGACGGUGAGAACGACGCCCCGCGGCCUCUCAGUCAGACCUCCCCCAGCCGUCUCCCCAUCGUCAACGGAGGAGUCGACCGGCAGCAGGGCAACAACCAGCUCAUCAACACGCUCCGAAACGACCUUCAGCUCAGCGAGUCGGGCAGCGACAGCGACGACGACUGAACUCUCCGGGUCAGUCUCUCGUCCUUCACACUCCUCCUCUCUGCCUAAUUCUGUUGUUUCUUUGCAGUGAUACCUUAAAUCAGCUUUAUAUUCUAGUGUGACUUUAUUUUUUUAUAUUUUAUUUUAGUAUAUCCCCCAUAGACACAUUAGCAGUGUGUUUCUAUUAGAUGUAUAUUUUGCUUUGUAUAGUAAAAAGCCCAGAAACAUUUGACCUGAAGAAGGUGGAAGAUUGUAUUUAGAGCAUUCAUACAUAUUUUACGUACUAAAAGAUUCUACUUUUAUCUGCCAAAUUCAUCUAUUUUUUUAUGUUAAACUGAACAAGGAAAUUAUUCUAAAGGGAACCAACCAAGUGCUCCUACCUGUAUGUGGUAAUCAUCUCUAUAAUCCAUGUUUUUUGUUGUUUUUUUUAACAUAAAAACUAAUUUAGUAUUAAUACUGUGCAAAUACAAUAGUUUCAUUAA